AUAAUACCGUUCUCGGAUGAGGUCAAGUAUCUAGGGGUCACUUUUGACCAAAAGUUAACUUGGAACCCUCACCUGAGAAACAUUAUGCAAAAAGCAAAAAUGGCCAUGUGGUCAUGCUGUCGAAUGGCAGGAGCAAGAUGGGGCUUAAGACCCAAAAUUGCUAUGUGGUUAUACACAGCGGUAGUGAGGCCAAUUGUCACCUACGCCUCCGCAGUCUGGUGUAACAAAACCAACCAAAAGACAGCAAUAGACACUCUAAACAGCCUGCAACGCACGGCUUGUUUAACAGCAACAGGCGCCUUCUCCUCGACACCGGGAGCGGCCCUAGAUGCACUGCUAGACAUCAUACCACUCCACCUGCAGGUGCAAAAGGAGGCCAAGCAGUGCGCCUACAGAAUAUGCACGCUAAACAGGCCAAAAUGGCGCUCUCAGGCAUUAGCCAAUCUAAAGGCCUGGGUUUUUGCAAAUAGAACCCUUAGCAUGCCCACUGAUGACACGCACACCGAAUGUCAUCUCACCAAACUGUACACAGUAGAAAUACCUCCUAGAGACAAAUGGAUCAACAACCAAAUGUACGUCGAAGAGGGAAGCCACGUUUGGUAUACAGAUGGUUCCAAAAAAGGCAAUGAUGUAGGAUGUGGGAUCUAUGGUGAGAGACCUAAGCUCAGAGCUAGCGUCAGCAUGGGCACACAAGCCUCAAUCUUCCAGGCAGAAGUCUUCGCCAUCAACAAAUGUGCGGAGAUCAACCUGGAUAGAAACCUAAGACACCAGCAUAUCUACAUCAACUCAGACAGCCAGGCUGCUCUGCUGGCACUAGAAUCCCUUGAGUCAAACUCAAAACUAGUCCAGAACUGUAAAACAAACCUAAAUGCACUGGCUAACUCCAACAAAGUCACACUUAGAUGGGUACCAGGGCACUCCGACAUUAACGGAAACGAAGAAGCGGACGAACUUGCUAGAAAGGGCGCAGACACACCCCUGGUCGGCCCAGAACCGUUCUGUGGAAUCACAAAACGGGAUGCAUAUUCUCUGCUCAGCAAGUUAGAAAAAACGAGAGCAACCGAGUGGUGGAAGUUCGUUAAAGGACAAGAACACUCGAAAGCUCUAAUCAAAGGGUUCAACAGCAGAACUGCUAAGGAGCUUUUAGGACUCAAAAGGCACAAAACCUGCGCGGUGACCAGAAUACUGACUGGACACUGUAAGUUGAAUAAACAUAUGUUUCAAAUUGGGAAGAAACAAGAUGCGACAUGCAGGUUCUGUCAGGAGUCAGAGGAGACUGCAAUGCACAUUCUCUGCUCUUGUGGACCACUAAUGUCAAAAAGAAGUACCUACCUAGGGCGACACGUAGUGCAACCCAUGAGGUACAGAACAUUACGGCCCAAAGAAUCUGGAACUUUCUGGAUGCAACGGGCAUUAGUAAUGAACUUUAAAGGGCCGUCACAAUAGAUCAAUGCUGGUCGAUGCGACACUCAAAGGCC